AUGAGUAAACUGGUGCCUGGCCAGCGUCUUCACCAACGAUGUGUUUGUUGUUGUUGGAACAAACUGUGCAAUUUCAAUUACUGUCGGAUAUUCAUUUUUCUGGUCGUCACCAGCAUAGCAUUUAUAUUUUUCUUAGCAGUUUAUACGUGUAAACCCAUGGGACAUUCUUGUUUUGGAUUAACUGAUGGAUCACCAGUUGCACUCUCUUACUACGAUGCUUUCCUGAUGGGCAAGGUUUUCAAACAUAAUUUCAGCGAGGCGGUGUUAAAUAAAGAACGAAGGCUAAAUUUAGAAGGAGAAGAUGUGUUGAUAUAUUUACAUAUUCAAAAGACAGGCGGGGCGACGUUCGGGCGGCAUUUGGUGCAUAAUUUAGAUGUGGAUUUUCCCUGCGAGUGCAAGGCCCAUAUCAAGAAGUGUGUGUGUGUGACGAGGAACUCCAGGAGAUGGUUGUUCAGUCGGCACGCAACGGGCUGGAUGUGUGGACUUCAUGCUGACUGGACAGAGCUGACCGACUGUGUGGACAAGUGGUUUAAGCGUAAUGAUGUCAAGUCCAGGAAACAUCGAGUGUAUCAUUACAUAACUUUCCUGCGUGACCCGGUGAAGAGAUUUCUGAGUGAGUGGCAGCAUGUGCAGCGCGGAGCCACCUGGAAAGCUGCCCGGCUGCACUGCAACGGGAGAGAUGCAACCAUGGAGGAAGUGCCCUUUUGUUUUACUGGUGUUGAUUGGUCGGGGGUGCCCUUUGAUGAGUUCAUGUCCUGCAAACACAACCUGGCCUUUAACCGCAUGACCAGGAUGAUGGCAAACUUAUCGAAAGUCAACUGCUAUAACCGCACAGGACUGACAGAUGAUGUAGUCAAUGAAAUUCUCCUGAAAAGUGCGAAAGAAAAUCUGGAAGCCUGUGCAUUCUUUGGGCUUGUCGAAGAACAACAGAAGACGCAGUUCCUGUUUGAGAAGACGAUGGGGUUGAAGUUCAUUGAUAAUUUCCGACAGAAGAUUAAGACUCACGUUUCGCGGUUGGAAAUCACUGAAGAGAUGACAAAGAAGGUUGUGGAAAAGAAUAUUCUGGAUAUUGAACUGUAUCAGUAUGCCAAAGAUUUGUUUUUACAACGUGUGGCUUACAUGGAGAGAAAGCUGGGUUACACGGUAGAUGAAUAUUUUAAUCACAUACGGGAUGCUGACGAUGCUGGAGACGAUGAUACCGAAGAGGUGGAUGUAGAUGAAUACGGUGAUGAAGAUGAUACUGAUGAUGAUAUUGACGAUGAUGGUGUUGAUAUUUAUCCGGGUAAAAACACCACUGCUGGCGGGGAGAUACCAAACUCCAGCACGGUACGAUUGAACAGUUCGAGAUAA